AUGGAGAUAUUCCCCAGUCUACCACAAGAUAUUGCACGCCUCAUCCUAGAGUGCUCGGCAGAGCAAGAUCGCAACUCGGCGCUGACGUUGGCCUACCUGUCGCGUCAAGUGAGGAGUUGGAUAGAUCAAAUAAUCUACCGCUCCGUGGUGAUUGAACACCCCCGGCAAGCUGAGGCUUUCUGCUGGACACUCGGACAACGACACAAGUCGUUCUUUCAAACGCAUGUUCACACAAUCUGCUUUGCGUAUGGGAUAAGCCUACGGCAUACCGUCAAGAUUUUGUCCGUCUGCGAUCGUUUGUCCAGUCUUGCUUGCUGGAUCGAACCCGCUUCCCGUCUGCUCCCAACCACCACCGUUGAAGCGACCGUAACCCGGGUCCAGCCUCACCUAUUCACCAUGCUCAGUGAAGCCAACAUUGUAUCCUCAUUCGAAUACCCGCCCCGAAGGCUAUCAUGCACCCUCCACCACUUACAAUGCACCACCGAUCCCGACUUCUCCGCCCCAUUGCUAGAAAACGUGACCCACCUCGACUUGUACCGGGAAUCCCAGUUCUUCUACGACUGGUCGUGGAAAGGGUUCUGUGAAAUGCAGAAUCUUAUGUAUCUUUCCUUCGACCUCAGCAUCGCUGCAUCGCUGGAUGUGAUCACCUACGUCCUAGCCUUCGUACCUGCUAGUCUUCGCGUGUGUCUCGUGUUAUUCCAUAGGGGAGAUUCAAUGUUUGGAAGCAUAGAUGAUUUCUUUGAAACGGACGAGCGGAUGCAAGCUAUGGUCGUGGGCGACGUAGAUCGGAGACUAGUCAUCGGGAGUGGUGAGGCUCUGAAGAGAUAUUCACGGUAUAAGCACAUGGUGCUGGAGAGGACAUACAAGGAUGUCCUGAAGGACUGGAGCUACUCUCUAGGCGAGGAAGAUAUGUGGACAGUGGCACAAGGAAUCAUCUUCCGUCGAUGGCAGAGAUAA